AUGAGUGCUAAUGGCCCCGUGGACUUUUCCGAUCUGCAAUCCCCAACCUUGAACGCCGGUAAUCAUAUGGCCAGAACCCGAAGAAGAUGGUCAAAAAGCUCGCAAGAUCAGCCUGCUAAACCCUCUGCUUUGGCAGAUGGAGUGCAUGAGAACGUCGAUUUUGAUUUCAUCUCACCGGGACAGCUGUAUUCCACAGAAUCGGGCCGUCUUUUCCACGCAGGAAAGAUCCUUAUUGUGCUAGUUGGCCUUCCAGCAACCUCGAAAACUUUACUGUCCGUGGCAAUCACCAGAUACACAAAAUGGCUUGGCGUUCGUACCAGCUCCUUCCACGUAUCGGAAUACCGCAGAAAAAUGAUGGCAAGCAUGGACUGCACCAGCUUCCCAAACGACUACUUUUCGGCAGAACCUACAACUGUUGAGGGCCGCACCAAACGGAAACAAAUUUUAGAUAAGGUUCAGGAAGACAUGAUCGAGUUUUUCAACGAAAGCAAGGGACAGCUGGCAGUUUACGAUGCAUUGAAUAUAUUGGUGGAAGAACGGCUUCAUCUACAGCGGGUUUUCUCCCAGAUGAACACUAAAGUUUUAUUUAUCGAAUCUGUCAUGACAGAUUCAGAAUUGAUCAAGCAUAAUGUCGAUAUGGCCUCUCAAUCUGCAGACUAUGUGGGCUGGUCUCAAAAGGAUGCAUUGGCCAAUUACAUGCAUCGCUUAAAAGUUAACAAAGAGCUUUAUGAAGAAAUGACACCUAACGAAGAACUGGCGUACGUCAAAUACAUCAAUUUUGGCGAAAGACUCAUAGUCAACAACAAUCAUUUCGGCUACCUCAUCAACAAAAUUGUGUUCUUUCUAAUGAACUUGAGAAAUAAGAAGGGUUGCGUGUAUUUUGCACGUUGCGGUACUAGUACCAAUGACAAGUACGUCAACGACGAACUCCUCAAUAGCGAAGGUAUCGAAUAUUCAAAAGCUUUGACAGAGCUAGUGGUGAAAGUGAUAAACGAAAGGCGUGCAUCCCAAUCCGAUAAAUCAUCUUCAAUAUGCGAGACUUCCGAUGCCAUACGCACUUCAUACUAUAAAACUCCAGAGCAAAACCGUUCCCCGCCAACACUUCAAGUUUCAUCGGGGCUAAGCUCUCGUUCAAUGUCCCCUUCGCUUUCGCCUUUGAUUGCAACGCGUGCGUCCUUACAGAGAACAGAGUCUACCGGCAAUGCCGCUAUGCGGCAACCCGUUUCGGGAGAUGGCGGUGACGAAGACUCAUUCGUGGUAUGGACUGCUGCCAGAAAACGUACUUUCGACACAGCAAGGUUUUUCUACGAUAAGGGAAUAAAUGUAAGGCAGAGAUCCCAAUUGCAACAGUUGCACCCCGGUGUCGUGGCGGACAUGGAAGAGUUAGAGGUCAAAACCAAGUAUCCUGAAGAGUUCAAGGAAUGGCUAAAGGAUCCAUAUCACUAUCGUUUUCCGCGCGCUGAAUCCUACCACGAUUUGGCGGUACGCAUGGAACCAUUACUACUGGAGAUGGAAAGAAUGCGUGGUGAUAUUUUAGUGAUCGGUCAUGAGUCGGUUCUAAGAGUACUUUAUGGCUACCUAAUGGCGUGUUCGUGCUCUGACAUUCCGAGCCUCACGUUCACAAGGGACGAGCUAAUCGAAAUCUCUUUCAGUCCCUUCGAGAACAAAGUCAGAAGGAUACCAAUUGUGUACGAGUAA